AUGGGCCGUGCCUUUUGUGCCCGUCCCAGGUCUGAGCAGCCCAGGUGGCUGUGUGCUUGGGGAGUGCACUGCCCAGGGGGGCUGUGCAUCUUCGUCACCUCCCCGGUCCUGGCCGCCCAGCUUCCCGGGGGCACCGCGAGAGCUCUGUCUCAGGUGCGCCGUGUCUCCUCUGGGGAGCUGAUCUCAGGCCGCGACACUCCUGGCAGAUGUCAGCCGUCCAGAAUCCCAGGAAGACGCAGUCAGCAACUGGGAGCCUGCUCGCAGUUUGGUGGGAGGUGUCGUCUCUGGGGCCGCGACUGCAGGAGCCCCGGGCCUCCCAGCUCUGGCUGCCACACGCCCGCCUCUCUGCCUCCAGAGGGGAGGGCUGUGUGGCAGCCAGCUUGGUCUCCUUUGGUAUUCGCUCAGUCCUUCGUUCUGAGUGCACCAGGGGUCACUGUGCUGCCUUAG